AUGGUAGUUGCAAAAUCAACAACAACAGCAACAACAACACCAACUACUAAAGUAGUACCAUCAGAAAAGAAAUCAAAAGGAAAUGUUGCAACAACAACUUCAAAAGUAGUACCAUCAGAAAAAAAAGAAAAAUCAUCAACUAAAUCCUCCUCAACAAAAGUUACCACUAUUACACCAACACCAACACCAACACUAACACCAACACCAACACCAACAUCAACACCAAAACCAGAACCAAUUAUUGAAGAGAAACCAUAUACACGUCCAGUUUCAACUUUACCAGAAGAAAAAAUUAAUGAAACAGAAUGGUUUAAUAUGAAAAUUAAAUCUGGUGGUUCAUUUACUAAAAAUUCACCACUUUUAAUUGAUUCAAAUAAUUUAUUAUUAUCAAAUAAUAAUACAAUUAAAAUUUAUAAUCCAAUUACAGGUGGAUUAAAAUCAGAAACAUCAUUAGAAUCAAAUGAUGAUACUAUUACACAUAUAACAUCAACAUAUAAAAAUUCAAAAAUGACAAUUUAUUUAUCAACAGAGAUGGGUAAAUUCUAUACAUUUGAUUUAAAAAAUAAAUCAAUUGAACCAUUAUCAAAUAAAAUCUAUAACAAAGGUAUAGUUAAAUUUGUAGUUUCACCAAAUGAAAAAAAUCAAAUUUAUUUUAUAAAUAAUGAUGGUGAUUUAUGUGAAUAUAAUGAAAAAGUAAACUUUCAACCAAUUAAAAUUAAUGAAUUAUUAAAGAAUUUACAAUUCAUUUCAAUUUCAAAUAAUGGUAAAUUCUUAGUAACCGGUACAAAAUCAUUUAUUCAAGUUUUAAAUCUUUCAACAACAACAAUUCAACCAAGUAAAUAUUAUAAAUCUGAAUAUCAAAUUACAUCAUUUUCAAUUUUACCAAAAUCAAAUAAUAUCAGUGUCAACAAUAAUAAUAGCAAUAGCAAUAAUAGUAAUAAUAAUGAAAUUAUAAUUUCAUUUGGUACAACAUUAGGUAGAUUAAAUUUUAUAAAUUAUAAUAGUGAAAAUGGUCAAUGGAAUUUUAAUUCAUAUAAUCAUUGGCAUUCAACACCAUUGAUUUCAUCAUUUUACAAUUAUGAUGGUACAAUGUUAUUCACAGGUGGUUAUGAAAAUACACUUGCAAUUUGGACAGUUUCAAAUAUGAGAAGAAAAGUAUUCCCACGUUUAGGUGGUGCUAUACUUCAUAUUAAUUGUGAUCCAGCUUCACAAUUAAUAGCUAUUACCUUAUCAAAUAAUAAAGUUCAAAUUAUAAAUAUUUCAGAUUAUAAAUCAUGUUCAAUUAUAACUGGUUUACAAGAUAAUAAAAAUAGUAUAAAUAAUAAUAAUAAUAAUAAUAAUAAUAACAACAACAACAACAACAACAACAACAAUAAUAAUAAUAAUAAUAAAAAUAAAAUUACAAGUUUUAUUGAACCAAUUUCAAAUAAUUUAAUAUUUAGUGGUCAAAAGAAUGGUAUUGUACAAUUUUAUAAUAUUAAAAAAGAUAGAGUUGAAAGAGAGAUUAUAGUAUCACCACCAAGAAAUACAGAUAUUAGUACAAAGAAAUCUAAAGGUCAAAAUUUAAAAAAUGGUUUUGAUGCAAAUAAAUUAUCAUUGGAACAAUCAUUGGUUGAACCAUUAGCAUUCCAUCCAUCAAAACCAUUAUUUUGUUCAUUUGAAUCAUUUUCAAGUGUAGAUAAAAUUGAAAGUGGUGUAGUUUUAAAGGAUCAAAUCUUAAAGUUUUGGGAAACUUCAAAUGAUAAUAAUUGUAAAUGUGUUUUCUCAAUCACUUCACCACAUAGCACUAAUAUUUUAUCAAUGUCAUUCCAUCCAACAAAGAAUCUCCUUUUAACAACAUCUGAAAAGGAUUUUAAACUUUGGAGAAAACAAUCAAUGGAAGCAAUCGAUGGUACUGCCAAUAAUAAUAAUAAUAAUAAUAAUAAAACAAAUAUUAAAUCCUAUUGGACUUGUAUUUAUGAUGGUUCAUAUCGUGGUUUAGUUUGUUCCGCUUCUGCUUUCUCAAAAGAUGGUUCAAUUUUCGCUGUUGCUUGUGAUCAUUUAGUUACAUUAUGGGAUAGUGAAUCAAUGUUACCAUUGGAUAUCUUAUCAUUCUCUUCAUGUCAUAUCGCUAAUGAAUUAUCAUUCCUCAAUGAUAAUGAACUUUUAGUAUCCUACAAAGAGAACGGUGCUAUUGUUUGGGAUAUUAAAAAGAAAUCACCUGUCAAAGUUUACACUUUCCCAAUUAAACCAAUUUCAGUUUGUGAUGAAUAUUACUCUCUCUGUCCUUCAACUUCUAGAGAUCGUUUAAUGAUUUUCUCUAGUACCUCUCAUCAACUCUUAUUCACAACUCAAGUACCAAUUCCAAAGAGUCAAGUAAUUGAACAAGUUUUAUUCUCAAAAGAUCAACAAAGCUAUGAUUGUAUUCUUUGUAUUACAAAUGAAACUUUAGUUUAUGGUUAUUCAACUUUUAAAGAUACAAAUAAAAUUAUACCAACAACAACAACAACAACAACAACAAAUACUACAAAUACUACAAAUACUACAACUGUUAAUAAAAGACAAAAGAUCGAAAAACCAACAACAUCUCCUUCAACUACUACCACAACUACUACUACCACAACAGAUAACAAUACUUCAAAGGAUUCUUUAUAUAUUGGAAAUGAAAUUUUCACUCAAUUACCAUCAACUCAAGAAAUGUUUGGUGCUGCUUCUCAUAUUAUUCCAAGCGUUCAAAAUAUUUAUCAAAAAUAUAUGGAUUCAAUUUUAGUAAAUUCAAGCAAUUUAGUAAAUUCAACAACAACAAAGAAAGAACAAGAUACCAUAAACAAUGUAGAUACAGAAAUUAAAAACAAUAAUAAUAUAGAAAAAGAAGAAAAUAAUAAAAAGAAACAAUCAUCACAACAACUUAAUAAAUUCUCUUCAAUGAAAAACUUUUUUGAUAAUUUAGAAGAACCAAUUGAAGAAACUACCACCGGCGCAACUAUUGCAUCUUCUGCUGCAACUAAAGAAACUAAAACAAAUUCAACCUCAACCUCUUCUGUAAAGAAAAGAAAAGGUUCAGAAUAA